AUGCUGGCUGCACUUGAUGUGGAGGUACUGGGCAGCGUCAAAGAUAUUAUCGCAGCGUCACCGCAACCUCCGGAUAUAUUUACCAAGCUCAAAGAGCGUAUAAUUAAAACUUUUGCUGUGUCUAACGAGGCAAAGUUAAGACAGCUCUUAAAAAGUCAAGUGCUGAUCGACGGUAAACCCUCGCUAAUUUUAAGCCGGUUAAGAAACCUUAAUGUAAAUAAUGCUGUCGAUGAUUCCAUUUUAAAAUCGCUUUUUCUAGAACAAUUACCCGAACAAGAUCGUGGCAUUGUUAUGUCCAACUCAAAUACGCUCGACGCCAUGGCCGAAUUAGCCGACCAAUUGGCAGACCUUUCUGGCGCAUCUUUUUCGCCGCGAGUAAAUGUGGUCAGCGCGGAAUCAUCUGCUUCACAAGCAGACAUUCAGUCGUUGAUUAGAAGCGUUCAGGAUCUUACAGUUAAAGUCGAUGCUUUGGAAAAAAAAUCGCGUUCACGCAGUACUUCUCGCGCGCGUAAGAAAUCCAAUUCCAGGGAAAAACCGAGUUUGUGCUAUGCACACCAAAAAUUUCCAGACAACCCGACAUCCUGUCGAAGUUGGUGUAAAGAAUACUCAAAUUUUAAAAAAAAACUAGUACCACCUCCGCGUAUUGAGACAGCGACGGAGGUUGCCAGUGCGUCUUGUCGUCUCCACUUGCGAGAUAGAAAGACUGGGCAACAUUUUCUUGUAGAUUCGGGAGCCGAAGUUUCUGUAGUUCCCGCAAAUCCAAAAUUUAAGCUCGCGCCUACCAAGAAUAACCUUUUUGCAGCUAACGUGCAAUAA